GGUUCGAACCCUGCUGUCGACGUUUUUAAUUCUUUAUUUUUCCGUGUAUUACUUCAUUAUUUUUGGCGUCAAUCAUCUUCACCUGCGAUUCAAUUCAACGUCUCGAACUGAAACCCCAUUAUUUUUGGCGUCAAUCAUCUUCACCUGCGAUUCAAUUCAACGUCUCGAACUGAAACCCCAGCGUGGUAGAGCAAUGCUCUCUGAAGGAUUCGAGGACGAAGAGAAAUGGCUCGCGGAAGGGAUCGCCGGAAUUCAACACAACGCAUUCUUCAUGCAUCGCGCGCUUGACGAAAACAAUCUCAGAGACGCUCUCAAAUACUCCGCGCAGAUGCUAUCGGAGCUUCGAACUUCCAGGCUCUCACCGCACAAGUACUACGACCUGUAUAUGCGAGCCUUCGACGAGCUUCGGAGGCUGGAGAUUUUUUUCAAAGACGAAAGCAGACACGGCGUUUCCAUUGUUGAUCUCUACGAACUUGUUCAGCACGCCGGAAAUAUAUUGCCUAGACUGUAUCUCCUUUGCACGGUGGGAUCAGUUUACCUGCGAUGCAAGGAUGCUCCGGCAAGGGAUGUUCUUAAAGAUCUAGUGGAAAUGUGUCGCGCUGUGCAGCAUCCAAUUCGGGGUCUAUUUUUGAGGAGUUACCUUUCUCAAAUCAGUAAGGAUAAGUUGCCUGAUAUUGGCUAUGAACGUGAAGAGGGGGAAUCUAAUGGUGUGAUGGAUGCAGUUGAAUUUGUUCUACAGAAUUUUACAGAAAUGAAUAAGCUUUGGGUUCGGUUGCAGCAGCAACAGGGACCCAGUCGGAUAAGAGAGAAGAGGGAAAAGGAAAGGAACGAGCUUCGUGAUCUGGUAGGGAAGAAUCUACACGUUCUGAGUCAAAUUGAGGGUGUGGACCUUGGGAUGUACAAAGACACCGUCCUUCCAAGUGUCUUAGAGCAGGUUGUCAACUGUAAAGAUGAGCUUGCCCAAUUUUAUCUUAUGGAGUGCAUAAUACAGGUUUUUCCAGAUGAGUACCAUUUGCAGACACUUGAGAUACUGUUAGGUGCUUGCCCCCAAUUGCAGCCCACAGUAGACAUCAAGACAGUGUUAUCUCAGUUAAUGGACAGGUUGUCAAAUUAUGCUUCCUCAAGUACUGAAGUAUUGCCUGAAUUUCUGCAAGUGGAAGCAUUUACCAAAUUAAGCACAGCAAUAGGCAGGGUUAUAGAAGCACAAGUUGACAUGCCUCUAGUGGGAGCAAUAUCUUUGCAUGUUUCUCUACUUACAUUUACUCUCCGUGUUCAUCCAGAUCGGCUUGAUUAUGUGGACCAAGUACUGGGAUCAUGUGUUAAGAAACUUUCUGGAAAACCAAAGCUCGAUGACAAUAGAGCAACAAAGCAAGUUGUUGCACUUUUAAGUGCUCCACUUGAUAAAUACAAUGAUAUUGUGACUGCUCUGACACUGUCCAAUUAUCCUCGAGUAAUGGAUCAUCUUGAUCAUGAAACAAAUAAAGUCAUGGCCAUGGUUAUUAUCCAAAGCAUUAUGAAGAAUAACACUUACAUCUCUACUGCUGAUAAGGUUGAAGUUUUAUUUGAAUUAAUAAAAGGGCUUAUAAAGGACUUGGAUGAAACAACUGAGGAUGAGGUUGAUGAAGAAGAUUUUAAUGAGGAACAAAAUUCUGUCGCUCGCCUUAUCCACAUGCUUCAUAAUGAUGACCCAGAGGAAAUGUUUAAGAUAAUAUGUACCGUAAAGAAGCAUAUUAUGAGUGGAGGACCAAGGCGCUUACCUUUUACAGUUCCUUCCCUGAUAUUUUCUGCACUUAGGUUGAUCAGGCAAUUGCAAGGGCAGGAUGGAGAUAUAGUGGGAGAAGAAGUUCCUACAACACCAAAAAAAAUAUUUCAACUUUUAAAUGAGACCAUUGAAGCUCUUGCUUCUGUAUCAUCUCCUGAACUGGCCCUGAGACUGUCUCUGCAAUGUGCUGGGGCUGCUAAUGACUGUGACCUGGAGCCUGUUGCUUAUGAAUUUUUCACUCAGGCAUUCAUAUUAUAUGAAGAAGAAAUUGCGGACUCUAAAGCCCAGGUAACUGCAAUACAUUUAAUUAUCGGGACUCUUCAGAGAAUGCACGUCUUUGGCAUUGAGAACAGGGAUACAUUAACACACAAGGCCACAGGGUAUUCAGCGAAGCUUUUGAAGAAACCUGAUCAGUGUCGAGCAGUUUAUGCAUGCUCUCAUCUCUUUUGGGUUGAUGAUCAAGAUGGUAUUAAAGAUGGAGAAAGGGUAUUGCUUUGCCUUAAGCGUGCUUUGAGGAUUGCAAAUGCUGCUCAACAAAUGGCCAAUGUAGCUAGGGGUAGCAGUGGUCCAGUAACGCUAUUUGUUGAAAUACUGAACAAGUACAUUUACUAUUUUGAGAAAGGAAACCCGCAGAUCACUAGUUCUACUAUCCAGGGGCUUAUAGAAUUGAUCACGACUGAGAUGCAGAGUGACUCUGUAACAGCUCUUCCAGCUUCAGAUGCUUUUUUUACUGGCACAUUGAGGUACAUCCAAUUCCAGAAACAGAAGGGUGGUAUACUAGGUGAAAAAUAUGACCCUAUCAAGGUCUACAUCCCUGCCUAGCAUAUCCAAGACGCCCAAAUGUGAAAUUGUACGAAAAAUUAAGCAUGUAGUUGUGAGUGUUCAUCUUCAUGAAAAACAACAAAGGUUUCAGUGUUCACUACUUGUGCAUUAUAAAAUGAUUGCAAAGUGAAUAACUCUAAAUCCUCUUGCAUCUUCCUACAAUUUUUUCUUACUAAACGAAGAAAUAAUAGAAUGUAUUUUAUAUUUUCAAUAUAUUAAAUGUAUUCACUUUUUCAUUUAA